AUAAUGGAUCGAACCCUGAAUAUUACAUGGGACGACAUUGCUGGACUCGAACACGCAAAAAAAACCAUUCAAGAAGCCGUCACCUGGCCAAUGUUGAGGCCGGAUAUUUUUAAAGGGUUGAGGGGACCACCUAAAGGCUUGUUACUUUUCGGACCACCUGGAACAGGCAAGACAUUAAUUGGAAAAUGCAUCGCCAGUCAAUCGGGAGCAACAUUCUUUAGCAUUAGUUCCUCAUCCUUAACCUCAAAAUGGGUUGGCGAUGGUGAAAAAAUGGUUCGAGCCUUAUUUGCUGUGGCAAGAGUUAACCAACCAGCCGUGAUCUUUGUGGAUGAGAGAACAGAUGGUGAAUUCGAAGCCUCGAGACGGAUCAAGACGGAAUUCUUGGUUCAAUUU